CAUCCUUAACAUCACAGGACAUUUCUUAGCACUAGCGUCAAAGAGCUGGCAGUUUUGUGGAAAUAACCUCACAAAAAUGUCUAGAAAGCAUCAGAAAUGAAGCAGCAUGUAUUUGUGAAAACAUUGUAAAAGGGGGCGAUAAUCUGAUAUUAAAAGCUACCUGCUGCUUCCGUAGCUAAAAAAGGCGGAACAUAUCUCAUCUUCGUCUGCGGUUUCCACCCGGACCACACAAAGGUCGGACUGCUACACCGGUGGUUAAAAAGGGGGACGUUGAAGUCCAGUCGCAGCAUUGUUUCUUAUUCUUCUUCCUGUCAUUACUUUUCCACCAUGAAUUCCGACACAGCCCUACUUUUAGAAACCGUUCACUUCGCGGCGGAGAAACAUCGCAGCCAACGACGGAAAGACCCCGAAGCAACGCCGUACAUUAACCACCCCAUCGGAGUGGCCAGAGUCCUCACACAUGAAGGCGGCAUCACAGACAUCGAGGUCUUGCAGGCGGCUCUGCUGCACGACACCGUGGAGGACACCGACACCUCGCUCGCCGAGCUGGAGGCCAAGUUCGGGCCUAUCGUGGCUCGGAUCGUGGAGGAGGUGACGGACGACAGGAACCUGUCCAAAGAGGAGAGGAAGCAGCAGCAGGUGGAGCACGCGGCGCACAGCAGCCGCCAAGCCAAGCUGGUCAAACUGGCUGACAAACUGUACAACCUGAGGGAUUUGAACCGCUGCACGCCGAAGGGUUGGACAGCCGAGCGGGUGCAGGAGUAUUUCGUCUGGGCCCGCGAGGUGCUGAGAGGCCUGAAAGGAACCAACUCGGCUCUGGAGGAGAAGCUGGAGGAGCUGUUCAGGCAGAGAGGAAUCCAGCUGUGACGACGCAGCGGACCGAUCCACUUACAAAGAAGAUACUUUUUGAUUUGUAAAUUCUAGAAAUAAACCCUAUCAUUACA